CGCACGAUUGCCUCAACCCCAGUCGGUUCGCCGUCCUCCCUCCGCUCCCCGUCGUCGCCAGAGGCCUCCUGCAGCCAUGUCCGAGACCAAAAUCAUCACAUUCGAGGAUCUCAAGCAGAACAACAAGAAGGAUAGCCUGUACAUCCUCAUCCACCAGAAGGUGUACAACGUCUCAAAAUUCAUUGAUGAGCACCCAGGAGGAGACGAGGUGAUUCUCGCCGAGACCGGCAAGGAUGCGACGGAGGCGUUCGAGGACGUCGGUCACUCGGAUGAGGCCCGUGCCAUCCUCAAGGACCUCUUCAUUGGUGAAUUCGAGAAGGAUGGCGCCUUGAAGGUGAAGCCCACUUACGACAGUCACUCUCCGAGCAGCCAGGCUGUCAACACGGCCGUGCAACAAGGGUCAAACAUGAUGUACUUCGUUCCUCUGGCUAUGCUCGGUGCAUACUUCGCAUGGCGAUACUACUCGAGCGGAUCACUAUAGACUCUGGCAUUGUUGUCGCUCGACUGAUUGUUCUCGUACUUUGGUAGCGCUUCAUCUUGUUUAUGCAUUUCGUAUGUCUGGAGUAUUAAGGUUGCGGGUAGACUGCGCGUCACAGCGGGUGCGGUACUAGUACUGGGUGAGAGAC